AUGAAAUUAGUAGAAUUGCGCAUCCUGGGAAAAUCAACCUUGAAAUUAGAUGUGAGGGGUAGACUAGCAUCGUCUGCUCUAAUUUCGAAGAUUCGAGUUAGGAAAUUGUUGAGUAGUGGGGCUAAAGGAUAUCUAGCCUUUCUUAUAAAUACACCUAAGGUGAAGUUGGAAAAUGUGCCAGUAGUGAAAGAAUUUUCUGAUGUCUUUCCCGAGAAAUUAGAGACGUUGCCUCCAGAGAAAGAAAUAAUGUUUAAGAUCGAUGUAGCUCCGAGGACGGAUAUGGACAGUGGCAGCGACAGUGAUAGGAUCGAGGGACGUCCCUCAAUGAUUCGAUUUCGGAUGGUUGGAGGCGGACCCCACCUUCAGUGGACACCAGCCAGGUGGGUUAGGAGGUGCCCGUGCCGCAAGAGGUUCUCCUACCCUAACCAGGUGGUGUUAGGGGUAGUUGAGGAGAGGAGACGGUUGACCCAUGACCUGAGGGUAGCUCGAGCAGAGAGAGAGGAGAUGAGGGCCACUAUCGAGGCCCAAGCUGCCAGGAUUCAGGAGCUGGAGGCUUGGGUUCUUGAGGAGCGUCAGAGGGUUGGCGCCUCCUAUGCUCAGUUUCAGGCGACUGAUAGGCACCUUAUUCAGAUUGUGGAGGAGGUGGAAAAUCGUGCGGAUGGUAUUAUGGUAGAGUGUGUGACCAUGGCCGAUCACAUAAAGGAGGCCAUGGGUGGAGCAGGACCUAGGGAUGUUGCCCCUGGCGAUGAUGGGAAGAAAGAGCCCAUGGAGGAAGAGCCCGAGAAGAAUCUGAUAGCAUCAUGGUACGUGGGCAGGCCAACAAUGGCUCGGAUGAUGGAGCAAAUGGAGAGACAUUUCCAACGCAUGCUAGAACCCAUUCAAGAUGAGUUGCUGCAACUCCGAGCGUCUGGAACACCAAAAACCUCUAAGUCCAUGCGAAGGCGAAGGGGCGUGGAGGAGUCGUCCGAUGGUUCCAAUAAUGAUGAUGAUGAUGAGGAACCUCGAAUUCGACCAAGGCAAAGGAACCAGACUGGACCUACCGAUGUAUUCAAGGGAAUCAAGAUGCAAAUCCCUGAGUUCAAAGGACGGUCCGAUCCCGAGACCUUUCUCGAAUGGUUAUCCAAGAUCGAAAUGGUCUUUUCUUGCCAAAACUACACCGCGGUGCAAAAGGUGCAAUUGGCCACCAUGGAAUUCACUGAGUACGCUGUGGUUUGGUGGGACCAAAUCAAGAAGUCUAGAAGGAGAAAUGGGCUACCUGAGCUUAUUCCAUGGCCCGAGCUUCGAGCCAUGAUGCGCACCCGCUUUGUACCUGGACAUUACACUAGGGAUUUAUACCACCGGUUACAAACCUUAGUCCAGGGCAACCGGAGUGUGGAUGAGUACCACAAGGAGAUGGAGAUCCUGAUGCUUAGAGCGGAUGUACAGGAGGAUCCUGAAGCCACCAUGGCGAGAUUCUUGAGCGGGUUACGACCCGAUAUUGCUGAACGAGUGGAACUUCAACAUUAUAUGGAGUUACAUGAGCUUGUAGACAAGGCUAUUAAGGUCGAGCAAAGGUUCAAGCGGAGGGGUACCACUCGAUCGAAUUUCGGCAAUACCACCUACUCUACCAACCGCCCAUUCCAACCAAGGAAUGAUUCUCGGCCUUCACCAAAUGCUCCUACACCAAAGCCGAGAUUCGAGGGAGGUAAGGUGGGCAACCCUAGUAUUAGUAAGCCGCCCUUUUCUACUCCAAAAUUUGAGGAGUCUAGGGUACAAACUAGAGCUCGUGAUACUCGAUGCUUCAAAUGCCAAGGUAGAGGCCAUAUUGCUAGUCAAUGUCCCAAUCAAAGGACUAUGAUUAUGAUGCAAAAUGGUGAGAUCGUGAGUGAGGACGAAGCCGAGUACGAAGGCAUACUACCUCUUGACGGAGGUAGUGAUGGGGAAUCACCAAAUGAAGAGGAGUUUAGUGCACCCGAGGGUCAUUUUGGGACUGCAUUGGUUGCAAGGAGAGCAUUAACUGCACGUGUUAAGGAGGACGAGCUUCAACGGGAGAACAUCUUCUACACCAGGUGCUUCGUCAACCAAGCACUUUGUAGUGUGAUUAUUGAUAGUGGGAGCUGCACAAAUGUAGCUAGUUCACUCAUGGUGGACAACUUGAAGUUGCCUACAAGGGAUCACCCGCGACCCUACAAACUCCAAUGGCUCAACAACUCUGGGGAGGUUCGAGUAACCAAGCAGGUUCUUAUAUCCUUCCAAAUCCAUAAAUAUUCUGAUGAAGUAUUAUGUGAUGUAGUUCCUAUGCAGGCUAGUCACAUUAUACUAGGUAGGCCUUGGCAGUUUGACAGACAGGUGACUUUUGAUGGUGUGACUAAUAAGUAUAGUUUCUUGUACAACAGUAAGAAAGUCACACUAGCUCCCCUUUCCCCCAAACAAGUGCAUGAGGACCAAUUGAAAUUGCAACAAGAGUUUGAGAAGUAUAGUGCAAAAAGAAAAGAAAAUGAGAGAGCCGAGGCAAAACAAGAGAGAAAAAAGGCUAUAGAUAGCUCGGCAAGUGAGGUAAAAAUUGAGGGAAAACAAAUGCUCCUGAUAAAAGCCAAGAAAGUGAGGAAGUUAAUGAGAGAUGAGCAGCCACUUCUUAUGCUUGUUAGCAAAGAAGUAGCUCUGAAUGUGCAUGAACUUGAUACUAACAUACCUCUUGAGGUCAAGUCUCUGUUGCAGGAAUAUGCUGAUAUCUUCCCCGAGGACGUGCCAAGUGGAUUACCACCGCUUAGAGGCAUUGAGCACCAAAUAGACUUUGUCCCUGGAGCUUCGUUGCCAAAUCGGCCAGCUUACAAGAGCAACCCGGAGGAAACUAAGGAGUUACAAAGGCAAGUGGACGACUUGCUUGGCAAAGGAUGGGCACGUGAGAGCUUAAGCCCGUGCGCUGUCCCAGUCAUUUUGGUGCCCAAGAAAGAUGGUACGUGGAGAAUGUGCACUGAUUGUAGGGCCGUAAAUGCCAUCACGGUAAAGUAUCGCCACCCUAUACCUCGCUUAGAUGACAUGCUUGAUGAGUUACAUGGGGCUGUGUUCUUUACCAAAAUUGAUCUCAAAAGUGGGUACCAUCAAAUUAGGAUUAAGGAGGGGGAUGAAUGGAAAACUGCCUUUAAAACUAAGUAUGGAUUGUAUGAGUGGUUAGUGAUGCCUUUUGGGCUCACUAAUGCACCUAGCACCUUCAUGAGGUUAAUGAACCAUGUUCUGCGUCCAUUCUUAGGAAAAUUCGUGGUAGUUUACUUUGAUGAUAUCCUAAUUUAUAGCAAAUCUUAUGAUGAACACCUCGAGCAUAUUAGGGCUGUUAUGGAUGUACUUCGACGAGAGCAGCUCUAUGCCAAUCUCAAGAAGUGUAAUUUUUGCACUAAUGAGCUUGUGUUUCUAGGGUUUGUUAUAAGUGCGCAGGGAAUGAAGGUGGAUGAUCAAAAGGUGAAAGCUAUUCAAGAGUGGCCAACACCAAUGUCUGUGGGUGAUGUUCGAAGCUUCCAUGGCCUUGCGGGUUUCUAUAGGAGAUUCGUGAGGGACUUUAGCACUAUUGCUGCACCCUUGACCGAGUUGAUUAAGAAGAAUGAGAACUUCCAUUGGGGAGAUUCUCAAGAACAAGCCUUUCGCGCUUUAAAGCACAAACUCACACAUGCACCUGUACUUGCUUUACCUGACUUUUCUAAGACAUUUGAGAUUGAUUGUGAUGCUUCAGGUAUUGGAGUUGGAGCUGUGUUGAAUCAAGGAGGAAGACCUAUUGCCUACUUUAGUGAGAAACUCAAUGGGGCUGCACUGAACUACUCAACUUAUGAUAAAGAGUUGUACGCCCUCAUUCGAGCACUACAAGUUUGGCAGCACUACUUAAGGCCUAAGGAAUUCGUGAUACACACUGAUCAUGAGUCCCUUAAAUACCUUAAGGCCCAGCACACCUUGAGCAAAAAGCAUGCAAGGUGGAUCGCAUUCGUGGAGUCCUUUCCGUACGUAAUUAAAUAUAAGGCUGGUAAGUCUAAUGUGGUCGCGGAUGCACUCUCACGAAGGUACUCUCUACUCACUUCCUUAGAUGCUAAGUUGUUAGGGUUUGAGCUGAUUAAAGACAUCUAUGCCCAAGAUAGUGAUUUCGGUGAACUUUACCUUUCUUGCAAACACACUGGGCAAGGUAAAUUCUUCAUUUCCGAUGGUUACUUGUUUUAUGCCAAUCGGCUUUGCAUCCCACAUGGAUCCAUCCGAGAACUUUUGGUACGAGAAUCCCAUUCGGGUGGCCUUAUGGGACAUUUUGGGGUUGAUAAGACUCUUGCCAUACUGCAGGAGCACUUCUAUUGGCCGCACAUGAGGAGAGAUGUUGCACGGGUGGUGGAGCGAUGCUUAGCUUCUAAGAAAGCUAAAUCCAAGGUACACCCGUAUGGCCUUUACACCCCGUUACCUAUUUCUAGUGCACCAUGGGUCGAUAUUUCUAUGGAUUUUAUACUUGGUUUGCCUAGAUCCAAGUAUGGCCAUGACUCCAUUUAUGUGAUUGUGAGAUUGCAUGGCAUUCCUAGGACCAUUGUCUCAGACAGAGAUGUCAAAUUUCUGAGCUAUUUUUGGAAGACACUCUGGUCUAAGUUAGGCACCAAAUUGCUAUUCUCUACUGCCAGCCACCCCCAAACUGAUGGUCAAACUGAGGUGGUAAAUCGUACAUUAGGUUUCUCUCCAUUUAAAUGUGCUUAUGGUUUUAAUCCACUAACACCACUUGAUCUAGUGCCAUUACCUAGUAAUGAGCGUGCACAUUUGGAUGGUAAGAAACGUGCAGAGUUUGUUAAGCAACUGCAUGAGAAAGUCAGGGCUAACAUUGAGAGGAGAACUGCUCAAUAUGUCAAGCAAGCUAACAAAGGUCGCCAAAAGUUGAUUUUUGAGCCUGGCGAUUGGGUGUGGUUGCACAUGCGCAAAGAACGCUUUCCUGUUCAAAGGAGGAACAAAUUACAACCACGUGAUGAUGCGUUUGAUUUGAGGGCAAAUCCUUCUCAAGAGGAGGGGAAUGAUAGCAUCAUGGUACGUGGGCAGGCCAACAAUGGCUCGGGUAAUCGAGGAGCUGAGGAUCACGUGCUCGCCCCAAGUGGACCCAUUACUCGGGCUCGCGCAAAGAAACUUCGUGAGCAACUCAAUGUACUUAUUCAGGCCAUACACAAGUCCUUUGAAGGAUUCAUGCAUUCAAGUGAAGGUGGUCGCGGUCCGAUAAUGAGCAUUGAAGCUACACCCGAGGAUUAG